GUAGUAUACGUCAUUUGACAGCGCCAUCUCCACUGGCAAGCAAAUUUCAAUGACAACCUGCAUAUGUAACACAUGUUAGUUACAGAAUAAUAGAGCCAAAUAACUAUUCAUUUAACAAUGCAACGAGCCGUUUUUGCACAUAUUGCAUUGCAUGACUGGACGCAUGUUUUCAGUCCUUUGAGGAUACGGCAAUGUUGUUUGCAGCACAGAGCACUACCAGUACAGCUCAGUUCUCGGGCAUACAGUGUGAUCCCGCCCCCGCGCGACGAAGCAGAGAAGUCUAUGCUGGACAGUAUGUUGCGGGUAGACCACGCAGGAGAAUACGGUGCCAACCGCAUCUACGCCGGCCAGAUGGCAGUGUUGGGAAGGUCGCAGACAGGACCGCUUAUUCAGGAAAUGUGGGAUCAAGAGAAGAAGCAUCUUGCCAAAUUCAAUGAGAUCCUUGCAGAAAACAGAGUUCGCCCAACAUUACUGUUACCCCUCUGGAACGUUGCAGGCUUUUUACUAGGGGCGGGCACCGCUCUGCUGGGUAAAGAAGGCGCCAUGGCCUGUACUGUGGCCGUGGAGGAGAGCAUCUCAGAGCACUACAACAGCCAGAUCAGAGCCCUCAUGGAGGAGGACCCAGACAGAUACGUAGAGCUGUUAAAAUUAAUAAAGGAAUUCCGAGAUGAUGAGAUGGAGCAUCAUGAUACAGGACUGGAGCACGAUGCUGAAUCUCUACCCGGAUACAAGCUUUUGAAGAGUGCAAUACAACUUGGCUGCACAGCCGCAAUAUACGUAUCUCAGCGCGUCUAAAGUAAUAAUGAAUUCAGUUUCUCAAAGAUGGUUAUCUAAAAAAUAGAAUGAUUUAAGUGAUGUAAAUUGAUAUGUACAUUGUAUUAGUAAAGUGAACCUGGCUACUUUGUACAA